UUUAUUUGCUCGAUUUCUAUCCGCGCAAUUUUGGCAUCAUUUUGUUUACGUUUUUAGUUUGAACAAUUUAAAUUGUUAAACAAAAGAAAUGGAUUUCAAUCAAAGCGCUUACAACGUGGAGUUUUUUAACUUUACACCAGAACAGAUAGCCGCUGAAAGAGACAACCUGGUUCAAGCACUCAUCGGCCGAGCUGUUAAAACAACCAUUCAGAAAAUUGAAACCCCAGCUACAACGGCACUACUGAAUAAAAGUAAAGAUGCAGUCAUAAGUUUAAUGAUGGACGCGUGUCAGCCAAAACUCGAUCGCCUGCGGGAGCUGGACAAAGUUAAUUUUGAAGUGCCGCCGCAUGUGCUUCAGAUCAAGGACUUUGAACUGGAGCAGCGGUUCACCAGCGAAGAGGAGGAGGCGAAGGCUGCACAGGUCAAAGAGCUAAAGCAACGUUAUCGUCAGAACUUGGCUAUGCUGGCUGAGCUGAAGGCGGAGGAGGAAAAGUACAGGGACAUUGAGCCGUUCGUGCAACAGGAAAUGGAAAUGCAUCAGCAAAUUUAUGCUGCUUGCGCAAAUUCGGAUAUCAAAAAGAUAUACAAAUUCGCAAUGCAUGUGGCUAAGGAUCAGAAACUCUUAUAGGUCGGUCGACUUUCCAAUUAUUAAGUAUUAAUUUAAGCUGCAAUAGAGCUAGACUUGUAGAACACAGAAAGCGCUUCUAGUUUUUAUUGCUAGUGUUUUUUAAUUUAAAGAACCUUGUAAUUAUCGAAAGCCUUGCAUUGUUGCUGCCGAUUCAUUUUAAUUACUAUAUAAUAUAUUUCGCUGUUCAUCUGUAGAGCUUCUACUGUAUUCUGUCGUAAAAACAAAACUAUAUUUCUCAACGAACUGCGUCAUUAAACGC